AGCAGCGCCGGAGGAGAUGCGCAUAUCUGCAGGUCUCUAGCGCUGUCGUAAAGCAAGAGUCUGGAGUCAAGUCAGCUAUCACUAAAGCGAUGCCAGGGGUAACCAAGUACAAUUUAGUAGAUGACGUGCACGAUUUGAGGAUCCCCAUGCACAACGAGGAGGUGUUCAAGCAUGGGGUCUGCUUCGAGGCAAAGUACAUUGGCAGUUUGGAGGUGGGUCGCCCCGGCAGUCGAAUGGAGAUAGUCGCUGCAAUGAGGAGAAUCAGAUAUGAAUUCAAACUGAAGAACAUAAAGAAAAAGAAGGUCAACAUUGUCGUAUCCACCGAUUGUGUCAAAGUGAUUUUACGCAAAAAGAAGAAGAGAAAAGGGUGGUCAUGGGAUGAGAACACCAUCCUGGUGACACAGGAUCCCAUCUACAGGAUCUUUUAUGUCUCACAUGAUGCUCAAGACUUGAAGAUCUUCAGUUAUAUAGCGAGAGACGGACAGAGCAACAUUUUCCGCUGCAAUGUGUUCAAGUCGAAGAGGAAGUCUCAGGCCAUGAGGAUCGUGCGGACAGUGGGUCAGGCGUUUGAUGUGUGUCACCAGCUGACCCUGCAGCAGAAAAGCGAUGACCAGGAGGAUGAGGAGGGGAAGGCGGAGGAGUCUGAGGCAGCGCCAGCAAAGAAGAGGUUUGCAUUGUCAGAAGAGACAGACCUUGAAGCCACUACAGAGGAGAGCAUUGAGUGCGUCUCUUCAUCAGACCUGGAGAAGAGCAAAAAGGACGAGGCCCUUGGAACAGAAGGGAAGGUAAAGUAAAAGUUCUCUCCUGUCCUUGGGGCUUCUGUUUCGGGUCAGUUGGCGGCAGAGGCUCCCUGCUCUGCGGAGCACCAGGUCCAGCUCCUUCAGAAACAGCUGCAGCAGCAGGAGCAGCAAGCACUGGCAGCUUCAGCACAGGUUCAUGUGCUCCAGGAGCAGCUGUCAGUGGAGGUGUGUGCACGGACCGAAGCCCAAGCCAGAGUGCAGAGGCUGCUGCAGCAGAACACCGACCUGCUGCAACACAUUUCCCUGCUGGUCAAACAGAUCCAGGAACUGGAGCUCAAAGCUGCUGGCCAGUUAACAUCUAUGGGCUCCCAGGACAGUCUUCUGGAGAUCACUUUCCGUGCCAAGCCCCCCAGCGUCCCCCGUGAACCCCUCACUCCUUCUUCAUCUACAGGCCCUUUAGCAGCUCAGUCCCAGCUCCAGAUUAGUGACAGUGCCUGGGUCUCCGGCCUCCCCGGGCCCUGCUCUCCAGGCACCAUGGGCACCGACACCAGCCCUCUGGGGCUCAGCGGCAGUGGGGUUCGACUCGAGUGCUUUCGUUUCUCCUCCCGGGGGCCGGACGGCCAGGAGCAGGGUCAGGACACGGGGGAAACCCCCAGCGACGGAGCACCGGAUGAGAGUUCGCUGCUGGGGGAGCAGGUCCUCGGAGCCCUGGAGCUGCUUCGGUUUAGGGAGUCCGGGAUUGGAUCGGAGUACGAAUCGAACACAGAUGAGAGUGAUGAUCGGGACAGCUGGGGGCAGGGCGAGGGCGUGGGGGGAGACGGUGCAGCCCGACUCAUAAAUGUGCUGAAUGCAGAGAGUCUGCCGGACUGCUUAGGGGAUGAGAUGGCUGUGUAG